GGGGGGGGUUGACGCAGCACUCGAAGCAGUUUUUGAAACUGUCCGCAUCACAUUACUCUUUGUGGAGGUCGCAGUACGUUUCUUUGGGUUCGUGGAACACACAUAAGGUUUUGGAUCUAGUUCAAUGUGCCUUGCGCUUACUUUUGGCAGGAUUGUAAUUUUAGAACUGUGCUUCGCGCCGCAAUCUUGUUGGAGAGGCUCCAAGUGGAGAGAUUUGAAAGGGUCACACGUACGCGCAGCAAGCUUUGGAACUGUGACUGGAGACGGCUGGCGCAUCCCCGUCUCGUAUUCAGCUAGAAGAAAGGGUGAGCCACCCUGUAUGGGGCGGUAUAACCCCAACGGUGCUGUAACACACCGUAUGACUAUGUCUGACUGACUGACUACCUCAAAGCAAGUUUUUGGAUUGCUGCACUAAGCAGCAGGUCGUGACUCUGCUGCAAAGGAAGGUCUGGGUAAGAUUUGGGAUUGUGUAUCGCAGCAUGUUUUGUGGUAGUCUCGUCCUUGCCCUUGCAUCGCUGCAGGCUCUUGUACGCCGGGCACAAGAUGUCUAGUUUUUCAGCGGUCUAUGGUGAACCUUUUGUUCCGUCAACAUUUAAGCUUCUGCAUCCUUUUACACCAAAUACAGCUAUUGUUGCAAGUCAAUGUUGGGUCAAAAACGAAGUGUAUAAAGUUUCCUCUUGCCUUUGUUUUCUGAGCUAAGCGCCCAAAGUCAAGAUCAUGAACCAAAGAAAAUGAUAUAUCUGCUGACAUUUAUCCAUUCAAGUGGAAAGCUAUAGCAUAAAGGUGUACAUUUAUAUCCAUUCAAGUGGAAAGCUAUAGCAUAAAGGUGUAUGAGUGAGAGGAGAGCGUUAAGGUCUCAUUGUGUUUAUGUUCAUUGUUUCAGGGCUCAAACUUGGCAGGGUUGUAAUUUUGCCGCAAUCCUGAGUCCGAGAGGCACACGCAGUUUUGGGAUUGCUGCACUCACAGCAACCUCCUGCGAAGGAAGGUCCUGCCGAGGGUCUUGUUAAGAUUUGGAACUGUGAAUCGAAGUCAGCAUGUUUUGUGGUCGUCGCGUCGCAGCAACGUUUGUGACUGUACAUCGCUGGAGGCUCUUGAAGGGUCCGAGCAGUUUUGUACGUGUGGACCACGGCAGGACCCUUACAAUGGAUGCAACAACUGCUGACCACUACUCACGGAACCGCUCCUUCCAGCAGAGUGUGGGGGUGAAGGUGCUGCAGCAGUACCUGAGGUGGGAGGGGGGCGACACCGUUCUGGACGCGGGGUGUGGCACCGGCGAGAUCUGCACAUACAUCUCCCAACAGCCAGGGGUCGCUUCUGUGCUGGGGUUUGAUGUGUCAGCUGAGUUCGUCAGCUUUGCCAGUCAGUAUAACUCAGCCCCAAACGUCCGCUAUGACGUGGCGGAUGUUUCUGACAUAUCCACUUAUAAGCCAGAAUGGGAAGGUGCCUUCAGCAAGGCGGUCUGUCUGUAUGUGCUGCACUGGGUCCGCGACAAGGCUGCAGCACUGAGGGCGAUACACUCCUGCCUGACGUCACGUGGAGAAAUCCUGCUACUUUGCGACACUGAGGAAAGCAGCUUCAAUCAAACCUCGCUCAUCAUGGCUUCGCACCCCAAGUGGCAGCCCUACUUGGGAGAAUUUGUGCCGAUUGUGUUUCCGUGGCCCUCCGGUGAUCUCGGGAAGAACCGUAGCCGCCUGAUGCAGGAGUGCGGGUUUGAGGUCCUCUCAUGUCACAUCGAGCAAAAUCAUCAGCACUUCGAGUCUAAGGCCAAGCUGAAGGAAUGGCUCCGCGCUGUUUUCCCGCACCUGAACUACAUCCCGCAGGACAGGCAGGAGGAGUUCUUCCAUGACCUGUUGGAGGUGGCGAGAGACACACGUUUGGCUUCUACGGAUGCACUUUACAUAGAGGUUACUGCCACUCUAGUCCUUCAUGCCCGAAAGCUGUGAAUUCACUCAGACUGGCUCUACAAUAUUAUGGUAGAGAUCGUGUCUGUCUUUGGCUUACUUAAAUGGAUUUGCUUCCGGGUUUUGUAUAUUUUGUUAUGGAUAUGCUAUCAUACAGGUAUUGAUUUGUUUAUGGCAGAUGUAGGGAUAUAAGUGGUGAAGGUUUGGGCCCCCUAACAACUUGCUCCGGAACUGCAGGAGCGGUUGUGUUAAGAUAUUUAACGGAGGAAAACUGAACAAAGAAACGGCAGAUUUUCAUGGUAUUCGGUAUGCAGGUAGCUGAAGACGAAGGCUGGUGGCGUUGGGACAAGGAACAACAAGGCGUUCGUGCCAACUGUAAAGCUCCGCGUGGAAUCUUGUGGGUUUAAUCUAAUCUUUAAUUGUAUGUGUGUGUGUGUGUGUGUGUGUGAUAGUACAAUAUUACAGAUGUACCUGUAACGCUGAGAUACCAUACUUUUGAAUAUCAUUGAUCCUAAUACUAAGAAC